UUAGACACCGCCAAGAUUGGUUUGAGAGAAAGGAUGGUAAAACUGCUUAAGAGGAAUUUCGAGUUUACUACUAACAAAGUCAAUAGCCUUUUGGUCGUUGUCGAUUGAAAGGGGGACAUUUAUUAACGUGACAUGCGAAAGGAGGAUUUGUCUAUCUAGUUAGCGAUAUAAUAGCCUACCUGCUUUAAAAGUUGGAGGUAGCUUGUUAUGUUAGCAAGUAAGCUAACCAUUUGCUACUGCUAAUUUAGUGCAUUGACCGAGUUGUCUAGCAUGCUACUACUGUAGCUACUUCCCGUUGUUUAUACCAACUAAUUUAUCCGUCAACUGAUCAUCAAAAUAUUAGUCGUGCUCUUGUAACUAACCAGUUAUAUAACUGUAUAUCUUUCGCUCGCAUGUUUGUUAAGAAUUGCAAACGUAGCUAGCUAACAUUUAUGCCGUUUUAUAUUAGUUAUGUUUGCAGAUAUAUUCUCUAAAUAACGUUACCGUUAUAAUAUCCUCAGGCAGUGGUUUGCGCUGGCUAAAGCUUACUCUUCCAGUCUUCGCUUUUCGACCACUUAUUAAUGGCACGUUUUAUUUAAGCUUUGUUAUAACUAGCUAUACAUUAACUUUUUAUUUUAUCGCCCGUGGCCUUCAAGCGCGAGUAAUAUUAUUCAUAGUUAUUAGCAAGCUAGGUGACUAGCGAGGUUACUUUGAAAAGCAUCCAUUUUGAGAUUGAGACAUGAUUGACCAGAAAGCUGACUAACUGUAAUUCCAUGUAUGCUCCGCAAUAAAACAUCUGUCUGAUGCGAGGAUUAUUGGGUUGCUUAGAAACCUAAAUGUAAUUAGCUAGCUAUUAUUCCAGAAUCACGAUCAUUUGGCGUCUAGUUUUGUUUCCUGUUUGGCGAUAGGGAUUUAGACCUCCUCUUCCUCUGUCCUCGAUGCCAACAAAAACAGCCGCCGAAGAAGCAGAAGAAAAGAGUGCACUUGAAAGUAAUUGGUGACAUAUCAGAGGAGGAUAAUGGCCAAAGAUGUGAGUCUGAUCAGAGACAACCAGGUUGGUCUGAUGGAAACCAAUGGAGAAUUGAAGGUUUUCAUUGACCAGAAUCGGAGUCCUAGUAAAGGUGUCCUGUCUCUGGUUGCUGUCCAUCCUGUGUCAAUCCCCAUGGCUAAACAACUACUGCCUAAAACCCUGGGGCCCUCCAAUGUCAACAUUGCUCCACACAUGGUGAUUGGUACGCCCCAGAGGCCCAGUGUUUCCAGUGCCAUACUUGUGAACAGCCCUCAAACACCCAACUCCCAGUUCCUCACACAGAGCCAGCCGGCCGACGCAUCGCCAUGGUCCUCGGGGAAGCGUGGUAAGAAGGGGGAGAAGAAUGGCAAGGGCCUGAGACAUUUCUCCAUGAAGGUGUGUGAGAAGGUGCAGAAGAAAGGUGUAACCACCUACAACGAGGUGGCAGACGAGCUGGUGGCGGAGUUCAGCGCUGCAGACAACCACAUCUCCCCCAACGACUCACAUGUGUACGACCAGAAGAACAUCAGACGGCGUGUGUAUGACGCGCUCAACGUGCUCAUGGCCAUGAACAUCAUCUCUAAAGAGAAGAAAGAGAUCAAGUGGAUUGGUCUGCCUACCAACUCAGCCCAGGAGUGCCAGAACCUAGAGGUGGAGAGACAAAGGCGACUGGAGAGAAUCAAGCAGAAGCAGUCACAACUCCAAGAACUCAUAUUACAGCAAAUAGCCUUUAAGAACCUGGUGCAGCGGAACAGACAGACGGAACAGCAGGCCAACAGACCUCCGCCCCCCAACUCUCUCAUCCACCUCCCCUUCAUCAUCAUCAACACCAGCAAGAAGACAGUCAUCGACUGUAGCAUCUCAAACGACAAGUUUGAGUACCUGUUUAACUUCGACAACAUGUUUGAGAUCCACGAUGAUAUUGAGGUGCUGAAGCGUAUGGGCAUGGCCUGUGGCCUGGAGGUGGGCAAAUGUUCCCCGGAGGACCUGAAGGUGGCACGCAGCCUGGUGCCCAAAGCCCUGGAGCCCUACGUCACAGAGAUGGCCCAGGGUCCCAUCAGUAACGUCUACAUCACUGGAGGAUCCUCCACCAACGGGCGGCGCCAUCACGGCCAGGGCAGUGACAGCGGUGCAGAUGGUCCCCUGGCCUCCAGCUCUAAUGACUCUCACUACAGCAGCUCCCGUGUUGAGACCCCCGUGUCGUACAUGGGGGAUGAUGACGAGGAGGACGACUACGACGAGAACGACGAUGAAGAUUAACUUUCUGCCGUGCCAAGCCUCUCGAACAAGCAGUCUGUCUCUUUUUCUCCCUCUUCUUCUCUCUCUCUCUCUCUCUCUCUCUCUCUCUCUCUCUCUCUCUCAGUA